GCGUCCUCCAGCGGCGGCAGCGGCGCUCGCAGCGCCCGGACUUGCAGUGCUGUGCUCCGCCCCGUCGGACCGCGGGGGCUGUCACCUUCUUCCCACCUCGGCCUCCUUUUCCUGACGCCCUUAGCAGCCUCCAGUCCCGGUCGUCCGCAGAGGCCUCAGCAGCAGGAUGGAACUGGAGUGAGGCGGAGGGGCGAGCACUGCUGACCAGACGUGGGACGCUGGUGGUUCGCGGGUCACUGAGGCUGGACAACGUUCAUGGCUCUCGGGUAGAACCCAGUGAAACGGCCAGAAUGAAUUCUAUGGACAGGCACAUCCAACAGACCAAUGACCGACUACAGUGCAUCAAGCAGCACUUACAGAACCCUGCCAACUUCCACAAUGCCGCCACGGAGCUGCUGGACUGGUGUGGAGACCCUCGAGCCUUCCAGCGGCCCUUCGAGCAGAGCCUGAUGGGCUGUUUGACGGUGGUCAGUCGGGUGGCAGCUCAGCAAGGGUUUGACCUGGACCUCGGUUACAGACUGCUGGCAGUGUGUGCUGCGAACCGAGACAAGUUCACUCCCAAGUCUGCGGCCCUGCUGUCCUCCUGGUGUGAGGAGCUCGGCCGUCUCCUGCUCCUUCGGCAUCAGAAGAGCCGCCAGAGCGACCCCCCCGGGAAACUCCCCAUGCAGCCCCCCCUCAACUCCAUGAGCUCCAUGAAACCCACUCUGUCGCACAGGGGCCCUGGCCUCCCUCUGAACUGCAACCAGCUAUGGAGAAGAGGAGAGAAGUGGUUCCUAGCAGGCAGUCCCCAAAUGCCAGGGACCCCUGACCUGGGCUGACCUCAUCUGCAGGUCAGAUAGUACUUGCCGGAGGAAGGAAGGGCCUCAGG